AUGGCUUCCAGCCCGCUGCCAGGGCCCAACGACAUCCUGCUGGCGUCGCCGUCGAGCGCCUUCCAGCCCGAAGCGCUGAGCCAGCCGCGGCCGGGCCACGCCAACCUCAAACCCAACCAGGUGGGCCAGGUGAUCCUCUAUGGCAUUCCCAUCGUGUCGUUGGUGAUCGACGGGCAGGAGCGCCUUUGCCUGGCACAGAUCUCCAACACUCUCCUCAAGAACUUCAGCUACAACGAGAUCCACAACCGCCGUGUGGCGCUGGGCAUCACGUGCGUGCAGUGCACGCCGGUACAGCUAGAGAUCCUGCGGCGCGCCGGGGCCAUGCCCAUCUCCUCCCGCCGCUGCGGCAUGAUCACCAAGCGUGAGGCCGAGCGCCUGUGCAAGUCUUUCCUGGGCGAAAACCGGCCGCCCAAGCUGCCCGACAACUUCGCCUUUGAUGUGUCGCACGAGUGUGCCUGGGGCUGCCGAGGCAGCUUCAUCCCCGCGCGCUACAACAGCUCGCGCGCCAAGUGCAUCAAGUGCAGCUACUGCAACAUGUACUUCUCGCCCAACAAGUUCAUCUUCCACUCCCACCGAACUCCUGACGCCAAGUACACGCAGCCCGACGCCGCCAACUUCAACUCGUGGCGUCGCCAUCUCAAGCUCACAGACAAGAGUCCCCAGGACGAGCUCGUCUUCGCCUGGGAGGACGUGAAGGCCAUGUUCAACGGCGGGAGCCGCAAGCGCGCGCUGCCCCAGCCCGGCGCGCACCCGGCCUGCCAUCCGCUCAGCUCGGUUAAGGCUGCGGCCGUAGCCGCCGCGGCUGCGGUGGCCGGAGGUGGAGGACUGCUGGGCCCUCACCUGCUGGGGGCGCCGCCGCCGCCACCACCGCCGCCGCCGCCGCCGCUGGCCGAGCUGGCAGGCGCGCCACACGCCCAUCACAAGCGGCCGCGCUUCGACGACGACGACGACUCGCUGCAGGAGGCGGCAGUAGUGGCUGCCGCCAGCCUCUCGGCCGCUGCCGCCAGCCUUUCUGUGGCCGCGGCCUCCGGCGGCGCUGGAGCAGGUGGAGGCGGCGCGGGAAGCGGCUGCGUUGCGGGGGUAGGCGCCGGCGUGGGGACAGGGGCGGGCGCCAAAGGCCCGCGCAGCUACCCUGUCAUCCCGGUGCCCAGCAAGGGCUCGUUCGGGGGCGUGUUGCAGAAGUUCCCGGGCUGCGGGGGACUCUUCCCGCACCCUUACACUUUCCCGGCCGCGGCCGCCGCCUUUGGUUUGUGCCACAAGAAGGAGGACGCGGGGGCCGAAGCCCUAGGAGGUGCAGGCGGCGGGGGUGCGGCGCCCAAGACAGGCCUGUCUGGGCUCUUCUGGCCCACGGGCCGCAAGGACGCUUUCUACCCGCCCUUCUGCAUGUUCUGGCCGCCGCGGACCCCCGGCGGGCUGCCGGUGCCCACCUAUCUGCAGCCGCCCCCGCAGCCGCCCUCAGCUCUAAGCUGUGCGCUGGGCGACAGCCCGACCCUGCUGCGCCAGGCUUUCCUGGACCUAGCAGAGCCAGGUGGCACGGGAGGGAGUGCCGAGGCCGCUCCGCCGCCCGGCCAGCCCCCUCAGGUGGUAACCAACGGCCCGGGCUCUGGCCCGCCGCCUCCUGCUGGGGGCGCUGGCGCUCGCGACGCGCUCUUCGAGUCGCCCCCGGGCGGCAGCGGCGGGGACUGCAGCGCGGGCUCCACUCCGCCCGCAGACCCUGGCGCCACGUCGGGGGCCGGAGCCGGGGCGGGAACUGGCGCCCGGGUGCCGGCGCCUCACCACCCACACCUUCUGGAGGGGCGCAAAGCGAGCGGUGGCGGCUACCACCAUUCGAGCGCUUUUCGGCCUGUAGGCGGCAAGGACGACUCGGAGAGCCUGGCCAAGCUGCAUGGGGCGUCGGCUGGCGCUUCGCACUCGACCCCGGCACAUCACCAUCAUCAUCAUCCCCACCCGCACCACCACCACCACCACCACCACCAUCCCCCGCAGCCGCCGUCACCGCUGCUGCUGCUGCCCCCUCAACCAGACGAGCCGGGAUCUGAGCGCCACCACCCGGCUCCGCCGCCACCCCCGCCACCGUUGGCCCCGCCGUCGCACCACCGAGGCCUUCUGUCCCCCGGGGGCACCAGCUGCAGCUACCCCAGCGAGGACAGCUCGGAGGACGAGGACGACGAGGAGGAAGAACAGGAGGUGGACGUGGAGGGCCACAAGCCCCCGGAGGGCGAGGAAGAGGAGGAGGAAGGUCGAGACCCCGACGAUGACGAGGAGGAAGAUGAGGAGACCGGGGUCCUGCUGGGGGACCCCUUAGUCGGGGCCGGCCGGUUCCUUCAGGGUCGAGGGCUGUCGGAGAAAGGGAGCAGCCGGGACCGCGCGUCGGCUGCCGCGGGGGCUUUCCCACUUGCCCUGAACUCCUCCCGGCUGCUGCAGGACGAGGCGAAACUGGGUGACCCUGGCGGCGCGGACCUGCCCCCACCUCCGCCCCCGCCUCUGGCCUCCCAGAAAGCGGGCGGCGGCGGCCGCAGCAGCCCGGACAGCCCGGUCCACCAUCCAUCACUGGAGGAGCAGCCCUCCUACAAAGAUAAUCAGAAAACUAAGGAAAACAACCAAAUUAUAUUGUCUACAAAAGAAGACAGUUUUUCAGAUAAGAACAAGGAGCAUGGCUUUUUCGUCACAGAAUCUGAGACUUCUGGAGGAGAUUUUUGGAGAGAAAGAGCAGGUGAACACACACAAGAAACCAAUUCACCUCAUUCACUCAAAAAGGAUGUAGAAAAUAUGGGGAAAGAGGAACUUCAGAAGGUUUUAUUUGAACAAAUCGAUUUACGGAGACGACUAGAACAAGAAUUCCAGGUGUUGAAAGGAAACACGUCUUUCCCAGUAUUCAAUAAUUUUCAGGAUCAGAUGAAAAGGGAACUAGCCUACCGAGAAGAAAUGGUGCAACAGUUACAAAUCAUACCCUAUGCAGCAAGUCUGAUCAGGAAAGAAAAGCUUGGUGCCCAUCUCAGCAAAAGCUAA